GCGGACAGCCCCGCCGCGCGCCCGCGAUGCUGCCGCUGUGCCCCGCGCUCCGCCGCGCCCUGCAGGCCCGCCCCUGGAGGGGGCCCGGGCUGCGGUGGAAGCAUGCCCCCUCCCUGAAGGUGGUCAACGAGCCCGUCCUGGCUUUCACGCAGGGCAGCCCCGAGCGAGACGCGCUGCAGAAGGCCUUGAAGGACCUGAAGGGCCGGACGGAAGCCGUCCCGUGUGUGGUGGGGGACGAAGAGGUGUGGACCUCGGACGUGCGGUACCAGGUGUCGCCCUUCAACCAUGGACACAAGGUGGCCAAGUUCUGCUAUGCAGACAAGGCCCUACUCAACAGAGCCAUCGAGGCCGCUCUGGCUGCCAGGAGAGAGUGGGACCUGAAGCCUGUUGCAGACCGGGCCCAGAUCUUCCUGAAGGCGGCAGAUAUGCUGAGCGGGCCUCGCAGGGCUGAGGUCCUUGCCAAGACCAUGGUGGGACAGGGUAAGACGGUGAUCCAGGCGGAGAUCGACGCGGCGGCUGAGCUCAUCGACUUCUUCCGGUUCAAUGCCAAGUUUGCCAUGGAGCUAGAGGGUCAGCAGCCCCUCAGCGUGCCGCCCAGCACCAACAGCGUCGUGUACCGGGGGCUGGAGGGCUUUGUGGCGGCCAUCUCUCCCUUUAACUUCACUGCGAUUGGCGGCAACCUGGCGGGGGCGCCAGCCUUGAUGGGCAACGUGGUCCUGUGGAAGCCCAGUGACACGGCCAUGCUGGCCAGCUAUGCUGUCUACCGCAUCCUCCGGGAGGCUGGCCUGCCCCCCAAUGUCAUCCAGUUUGUGCCGGCCGAUGGGCCCACCUUUGGGGACACUGUCACCAGCUCAGAGCACCUCUGUGGCAUCAACUUCACAGGCAGCGUGCCCACCUUCAAACACCUGUGGAAGCAGGUGGCCCAGAACCUGGACCGGUUCCGCACCUUCCCACGCCUGGCCGGAGAAUGUGGUGGGAAGAACUUCCACUUUGUGCACCGCUCGGCCGACGUGGACAGCGUGGUGAGCGGGACCCUGCGCUCGGCCUUCGAGUAUGGCGGCCAGAAGUGCUCGGCCUGCUCCCGCCUCUACGUGCCUCAGUCGCUGUGGCCGCAGAUCAAAGGGCGGCUGCUGGAGGAGCACGGCAGGAUCAAAGUGGGCAACCCAGCCGAGGAUUUUGGGACCUUCUUCUCUGCAGUGAUCGAUGCCAAGUCCUUCGGCCGCAUCAAGAAGUGGCUGGAGCAUGCCCGCUGCUCACCCAGCCUCACUGUCCUGGCCGGGGGCAAGUGCGACGACUCCGUGGGCUACUUCGUGGAGCCCUGCAUUGUGGAGAGCAAGGACCCACAGGAGCCCAUCAUGAAGGAGGAGAUCUUCGGGCCUGUGCUGACCGUGUACGUCUACCCCGACGACAAGUACAAGGAGACGCUGAGGCUGGUCGACAGCACUACCAGCUACGGCCUCACGGGGGCAGUGUUCGCCCAGGAUAAGGAUGUUGUCCAGGAGGCCACAGCGAUGCUGAGGAACGCCGCCGGCAACUUCUACAUCAACGACAAGUCCACAGGCUCGGUGGUGGGCCAGCAGCCCUUUGGGGGCGCCCGAGCCUCCGGAACCAAUGACAAGCCGGGAGGGCCCCACUAUGUCCUGCGGUGGACGUCGCCCCAGGUCAUCAAGGAGACCCACGAGCCUCUGGGGGAUUGGCGCUACGCGUACAUGCAGUGAGCCCCGCUGGGCGCUGCCGCGCCCACCUGUCCGCCCAGGUGGCCCAUCUCAGUGCACACCGGCCCCACUGCAGCCCCCUCAGCUCACUCCCCCGUGGCACGGCCCCCUUCCCAGGGCCACCACCCGCCCCCCGGCCCCACUCUAGCCCGUAUCCUGGCCUGUCCAUGCCCGGGGCGGGUGCAGGCUCUAGUUGGAGACCAUGCUGGGGAGGAACAGGGCCACCACCCCGUCGCAUCGGCUGUGCGACAGCUUCUAGCUGGUCGGCCUGACCCAGGGCCCUGCUGGUUCUCUGCCUCCCUUUCCCGGCCCGCUGCCUCGGGGACCUGGGCAGUGGCCGUAGAGCAGCUCCCGGGACCCCUGGGGGGAAAAGGAGGCAUCCUGGCCUUGGCCUUGGCUCCUCCAGGCCUCUAGGACUAGGUGUGACCCGGGGUGGCCUGCAGGGCACAGAGGGCACCAGCUGGCCUUGCCCCCUUGGGCUGCCCACCUCCUCACUAGCUGUUUGCACAGGCCCGCGCUGGCCGGCGGCUACUUCCGCCUGACCGUACGCCUUAGACACCCGUGUGCCUUUCGCCAGGGUCCCUGGGUUCCUCGGAGGCCCACACGACUCCUGGCAGCCUCCACAUGGGGGGGCUGGGGGGAAGGGGUGCUGGCAGAGGUCCCUGCCGAGGUGUGGGGUUUGGGGGUCCUUCCCGUUUAGGCAGAGGUCUGGGGGAAGCCUUGGGGGGUACCUUUGUGCAGUCUUUGCUUCCUUCAGCUCUCAGCCCCGCCUCCUGGCGACGGCCGUGCUCCCCACCCACGUGGGCCCGGGGUCCCCCCUCAGGAGGUCGAUCUCCACAGGCCCAGGGAGGCCUUGCUCCCACCUUCUCCUGACCCGAGCCCUGGCCUUGACCCGAGCCCUGGGCUGAGGGUUGCCCGCUGAACCUUCCCUCCCUUGCACAGAGGUGGCUCGGUGUGGCCUGUUGCAGCCAGUUGGUGGACACUUAAACCUGCUCAUUGGAUCGCAGGUGGCCGGGGAUUGACAAGGGUUGAUUCAGGGGGCCCUAAGAGUGCUGGCCCUCCGCCAAGGACAGCCGGCUGGGGCCCCCCAUGUCACUGGCCCCGAAGCACGUGGCUCUACACUAGCCCACGGUCGGUGGUGAUGCCACGCGGGCCUCCUUCCUUGUGGCUGCUUCCUUCCAAGUCUGCACUGUUCCCCAGGCCAGGCUGCGGGGGAGACGUGCUGGAGCUGCUCCCGGGCCACUGAUUCUGCACCGUGGGGGACAGGAGAGCCGUUCCGCUGCCACCCAAUAAACGCUUAUUACUUAA